ACGCGCCUUGAUGGACACGGAUUUCAGCCAAUGGGAUCUCAGAGAGUGCGGCUCGUGUCCGGCCCACCCCGCUGGCGCGUUGCCAACUCACAGAAAGUGCCACGACUCCAGACUCAGCGGCGGUUCCGAGUCAGUGAAAAAACGUCGGACGUCGGAAACGGGAUCAUCGGUGGAACAGGACUGAGCAAAGAUGGACGUGUACGACCCUCAGACCCUCGGCAUCAUGGUGUUUGGUGGCUUCAUGGUGGUUUCGGCUAUCGGAAUCGCCCUGGUCUCCACUCUUUCCAUGAAGGAGACCUCUUACGAGGAAGCCCUGGCUAAGCAGCGCCGCGAAUUGGCCAAGACUCAGCCCCAGCGUGUGGACAAGAAGAAGAAGGCAGCAGAGAAGAAAAGCAAAGCCAAGAAGAAGGAGGAGAAGCCGAACGGGAAGCUUCCUGAACAGGAGGCGCAGCACGACUCGGGCCAUGAACCCGCUUCAGAAACGAGCGAACCAGAACCUGAAUCUGAACCCGAGAUCACCGCUGCGCCCGCACCCGUUCCUGUACCCGUCGCCCCAGUUGUUCCGGUGAUCCCAGAGCCCAAAGUUGAGGUUGAGGUGGCAGUGACGAAGCCUGCUGUAGCAGCAGCCCCGCCUGCGCUUUCCCCAAAAGACAAGAAGAAGAGAAAGGUCGCGAAGGUGGAGCCAGCCCCUGCUAAACCUGUAGAAAUUGCCUCAGAGACCAUCACCAAAGAGCCAGCCCCUAAGAAUGCCAAGGACUCGGCUGCCAAGACUGCCAAGGAACCGGUUGCUAAAGUUGUAAAAGAACCAGCUGCCAAGGCGGCAAAGGAACCAGCUCCUAAGGGUGCCAAGGAAGCAACUCCUAAGGGGGCCAAGGAACCUGUUGCUAAGGAAGCAGCUCCUAAGGUUGCUAAGGAACCGGUUGCUAAGGAAGCAGCUCCUAAGGUUGCUAAGGAAGCAGCUCCUAAGGUUGCCAAGGAACCAGCUGCAAAGGUGGUGAAGGAAACCACCCCUAAAGAGCAAGCCACAAAAGUCGCUAAGGAACCAAGUGCCAAGAGUACCCAGGAACCUGUCGCCAAGCAGCAGGCUGGUAAGGUUUCUAAAGAACCUGCUGCUAAGGAAUCGGCCACUAAAGUUGCGAAGGAGCCUGUCGCUAAGGAACCAGCUGCUAAGGCAGUCAAGGAACCCGUCGUUAAAGAAUCGGCUGCGAAGGCUUCCAAAGAAGCGGGUGCUAAGUCUGCGAAAGAACCUAAUGUUAAACUUGCUAAGGAACCAGCUCCCAAGGGUGCUAAGCAGCCAGCUGUUGCUGUGGUGGCUGAGGUUGCCCCGGUGACGGUUAUUCCACCAAAAGCUGAGCCGCCCAAACCUGAAGCCUCUUCCAAGAAGAAGUCAAAAAAGAAGGCAGAGCCAGCAGCUGCUGUGGAUGUUGCAGAUGUGCCCCUGCUGUUGCCGUUUAAAACACUGGUCUCCACCCUGAGCAGCUCUAAUUUCUCCGACUCGGAGACCCAGAAGCUUCUGGAGAUCGUCAGUGACAAGGCGGGAGCCGACACCUGGCAGCUGGCCUCUCAGAGAGGUGACCCCUUGGCAGCUCUGAAGAAGCAGCUGGAGGAGAAAGACAAGCUCCUGUCUGCUGAGCAGGAGAACGCUGCCGCAUCCAAGACACGCAUACGCGAGCUCACGAAGGAGCUGAGCAGCGAGAAGAGCAAGAUGGCCUCGGUGGAAACCCGGCUGAGCUCAGAGCUGAGCGCUCGCGAGCAGGAGAUCGCCGCGCUGCACGCCCGCAUGAAGGCUUCCUACGACGAGCACACGCACCAGACCCAGAAGCUCAACAGCAAGAUCCAGAGCCUGCAGGAUCAGCUGGAGAACGGCCCCGCUGCCCAGCUGGCCCGUCUGCAGCAAGAAAACACCAUCCUGAGAGACGCCCUGAACCAAGCCUCCAGCCUGGCAGAGAGCAUGCAAAAUGCAGAGCUGGUAAAGCUACGCCAGGACGUUGUGCGUCUGGGCCGCGAGCUGAGCGAACGCACAGACGCCCAACACGCCGAGGAGGAGCGCAGGAAAGCCCUGGAAUCCAAAAUGGCUGCCACCGAGGAACAGCUGGCCCAGGUCAAGGCAGGGCGCACAGACGCCGAGCAGUCCUUGCAGCAGACCCUGGAGAAGGUCAAGGCCGAGUUGUGCCAGGCGCAGAACAACAGCGCCAAACUGCAAGCCCAGCUGCAGCAAGCACAACAGGAAGGUGACCAACUCAGUGAGCUGCAGGAGCGUGUGCGUGGUACAGAGGUGGAACUUAAGGACAGGUGUGCAGAGGUGGAGGCUUUAAAAGCUCAGCUCGCUCAGGUACAGCAGGACGCACAGGAACAAGUCCUCGUGGAAGUACAAGCCCCGCUGCAGUCUGCCGCACCACAGGUGGAGAACUCGGAGGAACUGGAGCAGCUGAAGAACAGAAUAAAGGAGAAGGAGGAUUUGGUGGCAUCUCUAGAAGAACAACUGGAGAAGAUGAAAACAAGUGCAACGGAGACGGGGAGCUCGGUGCAGCAGCUACAGGACAGUCUUACACAGAGAGAGAGCAAGGUCUCAGCGCUGGAGGACGAACUGAAGCAGCUGAGAGAACAAAUGGAGCAGCAGAAAUCUGCGACGGAGAGCUCAGUGCAGCAGCUGCAGGGCAGCCUUGCAGAGCGAGAGAACAAAGUCUCAGCGCUGGAGGAGGAGCUGAAGCAGCUGAGAGAAGAGAUAAAGCAGCAGAAGGAGGCGGCCGAGAUUGCAGAAGCAGAGCAGCCGUUUGAGAACUUGGAGAAAGAUGCUCGUCUGAUUGCUCUGGAGGAGGAGCUCCAGCAGCUGAGAGGGCAGGCGGAGCAGACGAAGGCCGAGAGCAGGGAGCUUCAGGAGAAGAGCAACGCUGCCGCUCAAGCUCUGGCCACAGCCGAGCGACUGAACGAAGAGAGGCUGAACCAAGCAAUGAACGCACAGAACGAGGUCAAACAGAAGCUCGACGUGCUCCAGGUGGACACCAAGAACGCUCUCCAAGCCCUCUUCCCUCACAUCGUCAUAGAAACAGAACAGAGUAACUGGUUGGAGGCAUUCACACUCAAAGCACAGGAGACGCUCACACACAGCCAGCAGGAAGCAUCUGAAGAAAAAGACGCAGCGCUAACAGUUGUCAUACAGGACGCUCUACAGAAGUUAAAGGAAGCUGAGGAGAGUCAGACAGCACUGUAUGCGCAGUGCGAGCAAUACAGAGCCACCCUCAGUGAAACGGAGGGCAUACUGAAGGAUCUGCAGAACAGCGUGCAGGACGGAGAGGCCACGUGGAAGUCCAAGAUCUCUGAAAUCGAGGAACAGCGGCAGGCGGCCCUGGUUCAAGUGAAGGACUUGGAGGAGACUGUAGAGGCGCUGAGGACAGCGAACCAGAGCACAGAACAGCUAAAAGGGCAGGUAAUGCUGCUAGAAGCACAGCUGGAGAAACAGCUGGAGUCCAUCAGCUUCAGCCAGAGCUGUGCUGAGGAGGUGGAGCAGCUGAAGACGUUGUUAACAGCCACUCAGAGUCAGCUGGAGGCGGCCCAAUCAGACGCUCAGAAACAGCGUGCCGAGCUCUCGGUGGUCAGGCAGCAACUGCAGGCGGUGACUGAGCAUGUGCAGAGCAACGAGGACACGCAGCCCGGCCAGGUGCAGGCACAGCUGGAGCAGGCAGAAGUCCGACUGCAGACAGAGGCGAGCGCGCGCCAGCAGGUGGAGCACAACUACGACCAGGCCCAGAAGUGUGUGAGUAACCUGGAGGCUCAGGUGGCGGAGCUGAAGGCAGCCGGAGAAGGAGCCACCACCGAGCUCAAGGAGAGGCUGGAUAAGGAGGUGAAGCUGACGCAGGAGCUCACGGAGAGCUCGGCGACACUCCAGCAGAUACUGAACAACACUCAGGAGGAGCUCACCAAAGAGAAGGAGGUGGUGAAAAACCUGCAGGAGCAGCUACAGGAGAAAGUGCAGCAGCAGGAAGGAGAAGAGCUGAAGGAAGGAACCUCUGUGUGACGUCACGGCAGGAAGGCGGAGAAACCGAACCACCAAAAAUGCCUUAAUUUUUCUUUGUUCUUGUCUCUGUAAUCGUUCGUGUACUGUAUUAAGAGGAGCGCAAAGGGAGGGGUGUGACAUACCGGGGUCCAAACACAAGUUUAACAACUGAUUAUAUUUUUAGUUUGAAUUCUUUACCUAUGGUCUAUUUUUUUUUUUUUUCCCCUUUUCAUCCAUGUCCAAGACUCUUCACAUUCCUCCGACUGUCAGUGUUACGAAGAAAGGGCAAAGUGCAUGUGCGUCAGACGCACGCUCCGGUGCAAUCACUUACAAAGACUGUCCUUCACGUGGAAGUGAAGAGAAGGAACAUUUCCCGUUACAGCGAUGCAAUACAGCCCUUACACUACUUGUAGUCGGCUGCUGACCAAAUGUGAUUUAAACUGAAAUAAACAUUUAAGAGAUUA